UAUGGUUAUGACCGUGACAGCACUGUUCCCGAGGUGCUUUGCGAGGUGAGGCUGGUCCCGAGAAGCUAAGAUGACCGAUUUUGAUGAGCCGCUCUCCGAAGAGGAGAAGGUCCGCAUUGCAGCCAACUUUGUGACCCACGCUCCACCAGGAGAGUUCAACGAAGUCUUCAACGAUGUGCGACUUCUCCUCAACAAUGACAAUCUUCUGCGCGAGGGGGCGGCACAUGCCUUCGCCCAGUACAACAUGGAUCAGUUCACUCCUGCCAAACUACCUGGCUCUGAUGAGAUGGUGUUGAUCACGGAGCAUGGGGACCUAGGCCAAGGGCGGUUCUUCGACCCGCGCAGACAGGUGUCGUUCCGCUUCGACCACCUGCGCAAGGAGGUGAGCGACCCGCAGCCACACGAGGGCGAGGGGGGGCUGAAGGCCUGGCGGGACGCCUGUGACGACGCCCUCAGCGCCUACGUCAAGGAGCACUACCCCAGCGGAGUGUGCACCGUCUACGGCAAGACGGUGGACGGACAGCAGACCAUCAUCGCCUGCGUCGAGGGACACCAGUUCCAGCCCAAGAACUUCUGGAACGGCCGCUGCAGGUCAGAGUGGAAGAUGACCCUCAGCCAGGCCACCGCUCAGGUGGUGGGGGUGCUCAAGAUCCAGGUACAUUACUAUGAGGAUGGAAACGUGCAGCUCGUCAGCCACAAGGAGGUGGAUGAUUCGGUCAUAGUAACUAACGAAGCUGCCACCGCCAAGGAGUUUGUAAAAAUCAUUGAGAAUGCAGAGAACGAUUAUCAGACGGCGAUCAGUGAGAACUACCAGACCAUGUCCGACACCACCUUCAAGGCCCUGCGCCGUCAGCUCCCGGUCACGCGCACCAAGAUCGACUGGAACAAGAUCCUCAGCUACAAGAUCGGCAAGGAGAUGCAGAACGCCUAGAACCGGCCGGAACCCUCUCCCCCGGUCUGCCCCUGCCCACCCCCCCCCCCCUCCCCCGGAUAGCUUCGGCCCGCCUCGCAUGAGGGGGUGGGGUGGGGUGGGGUGGGGUGGGGGAUGACUCGCCUCGGGGAAGCGUGUAGGAACUCUUGUGUGUAAAUGUGUGUUAGCGAGGAGGGGACAGGAUGGCUGACAUGGGUGGGGUGUGUGUGUGGGGGCGGGGGGGUGAGGACACAUUGAGGGCUGUGGAGGGGGAGGGGGGGGGGGGGGGGGGUCACUGAUGGACUGGAUCUGAUUGCUAUGCUCAUGUCACAUGCUGUUCUUCUGUUUCAAAACAACCAGUGCAAGAUCUCAACACCA